AGGGCGCUUGUGGCUACAGUCACAGAGUGAGAUUAUUUUCCAGUACGAGAAAGUUGUAAAUAGUUUUCAAUAAAAUUUCGACUAAACAUUUAUAUCAAAUGCUUAUUAUAAAUGAUAAAUGAUUAUUUAUUAACUUUAUGUGAGUGGAGCAAGUGAUAGACAACUUUAAAGUGUGUGCCUUAUAAAACAAAAAGCUAUCAUCGCAUACUUUACCCCAACGCCAUUUUGAGGCGAAAUUUUGUAUUGUAAGUGCCAAGUAUUUCGCAAUAUUUUCUUUUUUAAUCCUCGUAAGGGGCUUAAAAGGGUAAUAUUUAUAUUAAUAAAUGUGAGAGACGACUGCGGCAGCUUCGAUUUUUCCGGGAGUGCAUUAGUGUUGGGUUGGGAUUGUGGAUACCUAGAGAUAGCGGGUGCGGAGGAUGGCCCGAGGCAGUAGAUUCGUUUUAAUUAACUGACGGACAUAGCUGGCUUGCAGCUGGCACAAGCAAGGAAGAUGCCACGUCCGGGAAGUUUGAAGGAUCCGGACAUUGCGGAGUUAUUCAGCAAACAUGAUCCAGAGAAGAUUUUUGAAGAUCUCCGUGAGAUUGGUCAUGGCUCCUUCGGAGCCGUGUACUAUGCUCGUUGCAAUCUCACCAAAGAGAUAGUAGCUAUCAAGAAGAUGUCCUACCUCGGGAAGCAGAGUGAAGAGAAAUGGCAGGACAUCUUGAAAGAGAUAAAGUUUCUCAAGCAAUUGGAUCACCCGAACACUAUAGAAUACAAGGGUUGCUACAAACGGGAGCACACCGCCUGGCUGGUCAUGGAGUACUGUGUCGGCUCGGCUUCUGACAUUAUUGAGGUUCACAAGCGUCCUCUGCGCGAGGAGGAGAUAGCUGCGAUAUGCGAGGGCGUCGUGUGCGGUCUGUCUUACUUGCAUUCCUUGGGGCGGAUCCAUCGCGACAUCAAGGCUGGUAAUAUCCUACUGACGGAGAACGGGACGGUAAAGCUAGCUGACUUCGGCAGCGCCAGCAUCAAGUGCCCAGCCAACAGCUUUGUCGGCACUCCCUACUGGAUGGCGCCGGAGGUCAUCCUCGCCAUGGACGAGGGCCAGUACGAUGGAAAGGUUGAUGUGUGGUCGCUCGGUAUAACGUGCAUUGAACUGGCUGAGAGGAAGCCUCCGUAUUUCAACAUGAACGCCAUGUCCGCUUUGUACCAUAUCGCGCAGAACGAUUCACCUCCAUUGCAAGCACCUGAAUGGACCGAUACAUUCCGUUACUUCGUGGAGGCGUGCCUACAAAAGAAUCCACAGGAUCGUCCGUCGUCUACCAAACUUCUGUCCCACCCUUACAUCACGCGGCCGAGAUCACCGAACGUUCUGGUCGACCUUAUACAGAGAACAAAAGCGGCUGUGAGGGAUCUAGACAAUUUGAAUUACAGGAAGAUGAAGAAAAUACUCAUGGUGGACGCCGAUAAUGAGAGCGCUAUGGGUGAUAAUGAAGAGACGGCUGAGGAGCGUUCGGGUGGAGAUAGCUCCAAAUCCAAUUCCGCUACAUCAGAGCACAGUGCGGCCGGGGCAUCCAGUCAGAGUUCCUCGUCAGGCAGUCUACGGCGCAGGCCUAUCGCGCUGAACGCUAAUCACAAUCAGCAACAGCAGCAAUACCAGCAAUACAACCACCAACCAGCCCACCCCACCAGAGAUCGCAAGCGUUGCCUUUACUUAUGUAGCUGUUUCGUACGCAGAGACGAGAGCCCUAUACCGGGCUCCCACGACGACUACGUGAACAGGGAAGUUCUACGUGAUUACGCGAACAGGGAUUCCCUGUGUGACGAUUACGGCGAUGAUUACGCGAAUCGGGAGGCGAUACGGGAGGCUCAGAGGGAAAGGGAGAGGGAACGCCAGGCUCUAGAAUACAGGGAGUACGUUAACGCGCCCUCCACGUGGCAACAGGACAGCGGCGACGACAAUAGAAACACGCAGAGAAGACGUGUAAGCAACAACGUUUGUGCCGCUAUAUCUCUCGUGUCCGAACACGGUGCGAACAACUUUGCUACUAUACGGACUACUAGCAUUGUCACAAAACAGCAAAAGGAGCAUAAUCAGGAAAUGCAUGAACAGAUGUCCGGCUAUAAACGCAUGCGUCGCGAACAUCAGGCUGCACUUCUCAAGUUGGAGGAGCGCUGUAAGGCGGACGUCGAGGCUCAUAAGUCGCAGCUCGAUCGUGAAUAUGACUCGCUGCUGCAACAGCUGUCUAGAGACCUGGAAAGGCUGCAGACUAAACACGCUCAAGAGCUGGAACGGAAACAGAAACAGAAUUCGACAGCCGAGAAGAAGCUGAUAAAGGAUAUAACAUCACGCCAAGAACAAGAGAGGAAAGCCUUCGAGACACAGCGCAAGAGAGAGUACAAGGCGAAUAAGGAGAGGUGGAAAAAGGAAUUGAGUAUGGACGACGCCACGCCCAAACGGCAAAGGGAUGCUACAUUACAGUCCCAUAAGGACAAUCUGAAGCAGGCGGAGGCGGCAGAGGAGGCGCGUUUGGUGCGCUCUCAGCGAGAAUACCUCGAAUUGGAACUGAGAAGAUUCAGGAGGAGACGAAUGCUGGCCCUGCAUCAUAAGGAACAGGAACUACUCAGAGAGGAGUUAAACAAGCGUCAGACUCAGUUGGAGCAGGCGCAUGCAAUGCUGUUACGUCAUCACGAGAAGACUCAGGAGUUGGAGUACAGACAACAGAAGGGCGUACAUGCUCUCAGGGAGGAACAAUUGUCCAACCAGCACGCGACCGAGUUGGCCAAUCAGAGGGAUUAUAUGCAGAGAGCUGAACAUGAGCUCAGGAAGAAACACGCGCUGCAACUCAAACAACAGCCCAAGAGUCUUAAGCAAAAAGAAAUGCUGAUCCGCAAACAGUUCCGUGAGACUUGCAAGAUACAAACGCGCCAGUACAAAGCACUCAAAGCACAAAUCUUGCAAAUGACACCUAAGGAGCAACAAAAGGAAGUCAUCAAAUCGCUGAAGGAUGAGAAGCGUCGCAAGCUCGUGUUGUUAGGAGAACAGUAUGAUCAGAGUAUUAGCGAGAUGUUGCAGAAACAGACCGUGCGCCUUGAUGAGAGCCAAAUGAUGGAGUGCCAGCAAUUGAAGAUGCAGUUGGAACACGAGCUGGAUAUGUUGACGGCCUACCAGAGCAAGAGUAAGAUGCAGGCGGAGGCUCAGAGGAACAGAGAGCGACGGGAGCUGGAGGAGAGAGUCGCUGUCAGGAGGGCGCUGUUAGAGCAAAAGAUGGAGUGCGAGUGUGGUCAGUUUGUCGCUGAACGAGCGGAGAGGACUCGCAUGUUGCACGAGCGGCACGAGAGAGACCUCGAUCACUUCGACAACGAGAGCGCGAGACUUGGAUUCAGUGCAAUGGCGAUCGCCGAAGGUAGCAGGGAGGGUUACGGGGAGGAGGAGCAGUCACUCUCCGGGUCGAUGCUGUCCCUCGCCCACAGCAACUCGUCGGCCAGUUUCCCGGCCGGCUCCCUCUAACAUCAUACACACACACACCCCCACGAAUCAUAACACGCAUGAAGUUUAAAUCGGACUAUAUCAUUAAUGUUGUGAUUUUAAAUUUCACACGUCGUUAUCGUGAUGGCGAGGUGACAUUCAUACGCUAAGUCAAGCAUUUUAUGUCAUAUGGCGUUUAUAAAUCAUGCUGAUAGAUUAAAUAAAAUUAUAGCUCUGACAUUAUAAUUUUUUUUAAUAUAUUGAUUAUUAUGAAUGUGACAUUAAAAAGGGGAUCAUCCUCCCUGCACAUCGAUGGUAUCCAGCGCCAGUAAUAUGAACCAUUUUAGCUCGUGUCACUAUAACACCAUACCUUACUGAGACUGCAGCCCUCCCAAUUUAUUUCAUUCCAUUAAGAGUCGCAGCUUUGCAUUGAAUAUAUUAAAUCACCUGUACUCACACGAUCACAAUGUAUUAUGUAUAACUUGAAUUUUUGCUAUCAUUAUAGAUGUUAACGACUUCAAUGUAUUCUAGUUUGGGAUACAUAUAUAUAUGUCCUCUUUAUUCUUUAAUUUUUUUUUUUGUUAUUUUAUUUCUUUAAGUCUUCCAAAAAUACGUCAGUAUUUGUUUUAGCGAAUUAAUAGGGUCCGGGAGGGCGUUUCCUAUACUUUACAAUAUUAAGUUUGUAGCACGCCGUUAUUAUUAGUGUGUUUUCCAGCAAUUAUUUUAAUUAUUAUUACUAUUAUUAAUAUUAUUUAACUCUAUUAUUAUUAUUAUUUCUUUCUGAUUAUCACAAUUGACGUACAAUGAGCGAUGUCUGAAGAGCGAGUUGUUCAUAAGUGUUCGUGAUCCGCUGACGGAUUGCAUAUUUGUAUCUUGAUAAAGUUAUUUGCGAUUUACUGAGUGAUGUUUAAAUGGUGUAACAGUGAUGCAUGAGACGCUUUUUUUUUAUAUAGAAAUUUAAUAUUAAUAUACACUGAGCUCCGCUGAUUUAACUGUGACGGACAUUUGAAUUAUAACAUUACAACGAUUAUAUAUAUUAUAUAUAUAAAUUUGAUAUGAUUUCAACAAAAUAUAUAUAAGGAUGGAGUAUUUAGUACCAAUGUUAAUCAGACCGUCCAAUUGGAGAGUGCACCAGGCGAUAAGUCAACGGAGCGAAGUGUGGUAGAUGAUAAAAUUGAAUACAUGUAGUUAUAUUGAAGUAAUCUUGUAUAUUAUGUAGUAUAAAGUAAGUUUUUUCAUAGCGGUUUUAGUGAAUUUUUCAUCUUGAUUCCAUAUAAAUAAGUUCAAGAUUGAACAAUUUCAUAUAUGAGACCAUUUUAGGACGUCGUCUAUAUUUCUAAGGUAAUCUUUGUCUUGCUACGUUCGUACGAUCAGCAAAGCGUACUCCUAAGAUAAACGACGAUAUUUGACGAAGGCAUUAAAUAGUGCGCCGCGCCCGCCCGCCCACACGCUUGUCACUGACGGCCAGAUUAUAUAAUUUAUUUAUAAUAUUAGAUAGUCAAAAUUUAUAUAUUCAUAUCAUUAGUUUUUAAUUUAGACGCCAUUUUUUGCAUAUAUUUGUAUUUUAAAAGUUUAAAAAAAAAAAGCGACUGGAAGGUGUUUGUCUUUGGCCUAGAAAAAUUAUUUUAUCUAUAUAACAGGUGUUGGAUAUAAAAUUUUUUUACCGUUUCAAAAUGUAUUUAUGCUUGUGUUAGAAUAUUUUUUUUGUAGAUUUUAAUGAUUACAUAACACGCUUUAUUGAAUCAAAAAUAAUAAAAUAAAUCGCAGGUGCUGUGUAUUGUAUGUUGUCUGACGGACUGCCGAUUAUGUUUUGUAAAUAUUAUUAAGUAUAUAUGUAUCAUAAAGAGCACACAAUUUGCCUUACGGUGUCGGGACGGGUGCGGCUCGGCGUUUUGUAUAUAAAGAACAAUAAUAUAUAUAUAUACAUAUAUAUGUAUAUAUAUAUAUAUAUAUAUUUAACUAUUAUACAAAGUUUGUUACUUUUGUAAGGUGAGAGUGUGUGUUUGUACAUUGCAGCGUCGACCGCGCCCGAAGCUAGCGACCGCUAAGUACUAUAUACAUAUAUAUAUAUUUACUUUAUUUAGUGUUCUAAUACAUGAUUGUAUUGUCUACUAAGCUUACCAGUCAUAUAUGUAUAGAUGAAUACAUAUAACUUAAUUUAACUCCGAUUUUAGUCAUAAAUAUCCAAAUUUAGUUAAUUAUAUUGUACCUUUCUAUAUCACAUUGUCUAUGACCAUCAUCACACUACGUGAUCGUUCGUGUUCGACACUGUUGGUGGUUUUGUUUACGUGUUUUAAAACAUUGAGACAUUCGGCAUUAAUAUAUAUAUACAUACAUAUAUAUAUAGUCCAAUAUACAUAUGUUGGACGAGUAUGUUAAUGUUUCGACAAUAACGCUGAUAAACGAUCUUUUAUUUAGGCGUCGAUUUUAUUUUCUAUGAUUUAUUUAAUUAUAUAUAAUGUCAAGCUUUAUAUUUUUUUUUUCUUUCGUUGUUAUAGAGAUCCCCCGUAGAUUAUGUGAUGUACACGGAAUGUAUAACAUAUUGAUUUUGUCCUCCCCACCCCCCCAUUAAGACCAAGACAUGACAAUAAUCUAGACAGCCUAACUAUACUUCGUCAAGUUGUUUAAAAACUGAGAGGGCCAUGGUAAUGAAUGCAGCGGUGGCCAUUAAUGGAGACAAACAGAUAUGACCCUUCAUUUAUAUCUACACGUUACAUCAGUAUAACUAAAAGGAUUUAAAUUAUUAAAGUUUAGAAUCAUUUUGAUUGGCCGUAGUUAUAUUUUUAUAUAAAAUAAAUAAUGAUUCCGUAUUCCAAAUUGUAAUUGUCAAUGACCACUGACGUAAACCGCUAAGGUGGUAGCAAUAACCGGAAUGGAAGCACUAUGGAAUUGAUUUGUGAGCUGUAACUUAGCUUGAGUGACAUUAGAUGGUCGUACAUAUAGUUAGGCGCUUAGCUUUCGCUGUUGUAGUACAUCCAACGGUGCGGUGUAGUAGAGUUGGGCCGGGAUGAUUGUCAGAACACAAAUUAAUGCUUUAUAAAUAAGAAUAUUUUUCACAAUUACCGUACAAAUAAUAGCACCGACGUGGGGUACAAGCGUUACGCGUAGUUUUCCCCCUGCCAACCUCCCACCACUUGCUAGUUAGACUAAGAAUUGUUAUCAUCUCAGUACAAUAACUAAAGCAUACAAUUAGUCCUAAGUCCUUUGUAAGUUCUGUUUGAAAUCUCGAUUAGGUAUACUAUUAUCAAAUUAUAUUCACAUCAUUCUAAGCAGGCUUCGUGCGACUGAUUCACUUGUCAUGUUCACUCGGUCAAGAAUUGCAUGUUUGUUACUUUGAAUUAAGUCUUACAGAAUUGAAAUAAUAAUUACCUUACUGACUUACUAUUCUGUGCUUUUCGUAUAUAGAAGUGUGAAAGGUAGUCUGUUUGAGAUUUGAGAAAAGGUUAUAUAUAUAAUGUAUCAAGCUGUUUAUUUUUCAUUCGUGUCUUCUUAAGAGAUAAUUGUAAAAUAUGUUAAAUAAGUACUGCGGUUGUUUCGCUAUGUAGCUAUUGCGAUGUUUUAAAAUACGCCUAAAAUCUAAUCGUGUUUGAUCUUUGAGAUAACGAAAGUGUUGUGAUAAAUGUUAUCGAUGGGACAUUUGUGAACUAUCGUAGUGUUAUAAAAAUUAUGCUAGGAGAUCUUUAUUAAUUGAAGUUCCCCAAAGCAUCUCAAGCAAUCUAAGAGAUAUAACGAAUUUCGGGAUCAUCUUAACAUUUGUAAUAGUAUAUAUUUUUUAUAGUAUAUAUUUUUACGAAUGAUAAAUAUAUGUAUUUUUGUUACAAACAUUAUUUAUAAAUUCUUUCAUCGAUAUCGAUGCUUAGUAUUUAACAACUAAUGUCCAGUACAAAGGAUAAGGACAUUGCAAUAAUCGCAAUCAAUUCCUAAUGAAAGAAUAGUUAAACAUGUGUUUGUAUGUAUUGUUAGCGCUAAUUAUAUGCUUUAGUUAUUAUUCUAAGGUCAUCAAUGUUGUCUCAGUGACAUAUUAAUACUAUAGAAGUACCAAACGUAGUUAGCGAUCACGUAUUAUGUACAUUGUAACUAUUUUUUAUUAUAUUUUACCAUUGUAUAGUCAUCUAUCACUGAGAGUUAGAAAUAACGCGAGGUGCGACAAUGUCCGGACGGCGGGCCAUCCGCCGGCGGGGCAGUGUUGUUUUCUUUUUUUUUUUUUUAAUAAUAAUUAUUAUUAUUAUUUUGUUAUAUAUUUAAAUAACACAAUCGACUUGUAGUUUUAAUAAUUAUUAUCAUUAAUUAUUAUAUUGUAAUAUAAUCUUAUUAAUGAAAAAAUCAAACUGCAAAUAAAUAAUAGAAAGGAAA